AUGGAAGAAUAUCCACAAGUUCGCCUGGCCGGAGGGGUCCAAGCGGUUGAAGACGCAGACUUGACGGUUCGUCUAGGACAUGGAGCCUUGGGUGCCGUAGCCUUCGACGUAGGGGAGGAGGCUGGCAAGAAACGAGUUCGGAACAUCCCGUUAGGUGGAUCUGGAUCAGGCAGUGACGUUGAUGCCGGGGCUGGAUCCGGGGCCGAGAUGAGCGAGAGCGGAAAAUCCAAGAAGUUGAAGCUGAACCCGCCUCCUGGCGCAUCUCGUGGAGGUACGCCCCAGGGAUCCCGGGCAGCAAGCCCCGUUGCUGGUAGCCGCAGCUUCUCUGGAAGCCGCGCUAGCAGUCCUGAGGGAGCUCGAGGCAAGUCAAAUCUGCUGUGA